GCUCUUCACAGAUAAAACAUUCAGGCAUUUCCACUAAGGAAAAAAAGUCUUACUACAGUGUUGAGCCACAUAAUUCUGCUUGUGUUUGGGCAUGGGUUUCUGUUGUCUUGUGUGUCUAGGAAACUCUAGCCAGAUGGGGGGACGUAUGUGGAAGAGUCCUCAGAACUCUUGCAUGAUGGGAAGAAACAGGUGUUGGUGGGACUGCGUUUCUGGAGUUGAGACCUAGAGUUACUGCUGUUCAUACCUUCCUUGUUCACCCCUGCCCGGAAGGUUGUAGAAUCGCCACCGUUCACCGUUCGCAAUCUCUUGGGUAACUUUACUUUCAAUUCCAGUCCUGCUGCAGUAUGUGAUCUUGUGAUCUUAUAUAAGGGAGGAAUGAAAAGCAGAAGAAAGAGAAGAACAAGGGGCGAGCACCAGGCAGGUGAGAACUGUGCUGUGACCUGCAGGGAAAGGAUUGGGUGAGUUUACUUUACAAGCAACUGAGUGUUGACCUUGACUUAAUCUGACUCACAGUGGCAACAGAGGCAGCCAGGGCAGGUUGCCUGUUGUCUGGUCUUCAGGAGUCUGUAGUUGGCUUUAAUUCUGGGGUAGUUCAGUUUGUCCCCUUUGGCCAGUGACAGAUGCAAAGUGGCAGCCAGACACUCUGAGGUCUCUGGAUGCAAUGCCCUGGCAUCCUCAACUGAGCACAGCAGCAAGUGCAUUCGGGAGAGCCCUGGGUGGGAGACUGCCCACUUUGCCAGGCCCUGUUGUAGCUCUGGCCUACAGAAAAACACUAUUCUUGCCAAGGAGCUAACAGGCAAUUGUAAUCUAAAGAGAACAGUUUUGCCUGUCUCUAAAUUAUACCCUACUCAGAGUAGGGUUGUAAAAAUAUCUAUUCAGAAAUAAAUUUAGUUCAUAUACCACUGAGUUUCACUAAGCAAAGUACAUAGUCAAUAUUGUCUUUGAUGAUGUAUAGAAUGUGAUUACACACAUACACUCACGCACACAAUGGUGUAUGCCUUUUUCAUGCUCUUUAUCUUAUUCUCAUAUAUGGGAGUAAGCUGCAGAGAAGCUGAUCAUUCUUCUCUAGCGACUUUGCCUGUAUUUGAAUUCUCAGGAUUCUGAACAUUCUCCUGCCUUGGCAUAAUGUCCUCAUAAAGGUCAUCCACGUUGUAGCAUGGAGUAGAAUUUCAUUCCCUUCUCUGACUGGAUUAUAUUCAAUUGUGUGGGCUAUCACAUUAUGAUAAGUCAUCUAUCUAUUGGUGGGGGAUUGAGUUGUCUCCACAUUUUGGGUAUUGUAAAUACAGCUGCCAUGAUCAUUGGUGUUUAAUGUCUGUCCAAGUCCUUGUUUGCAAUUUUUCAUGUACUGUAUAUAAACAAAAGUGGAAUUGGAUCCCAUAUUAUUAUGGUUAAUGUUAUAAAGAUAAUGAUACUGUUUUCCACAGUGAUAUUAUCACUUCAUGCUCCUAUUAAUAACACUGCAAAAGUCUACCUUUUCACAUCCUGGUUCACACUCAUUUAUUCUUGGUUUUGUCCUAUGUGGUAGCCAUCCUAGCGGGUAUAAAACAAUGCCUGUGGUUUCCAGUGGCACUUCCUGAAAGUUGGGUUUGACAGACUAUUGAGCAACAAAACGAACUGAGCCUUGAAAUAACCUUUUUUUCCCUUAAAAUACAAACAAGCAAGACUAAAUUUGAUUUCAAGAAAAUGCUUAGAUUUGACAGAAGCAAGAGUUAAGUCCAGUUAACCCUGAGUAGUCAAUGAACAUGAGACUCUGUGAGGACAGACUCUGCAACAAGCUCCCCUGCCUGCUCAACAGAGGAAUUUUAUACCUAAAUGGCUUCUUCAUUUGGAAUCCUCGUUUUCCCAAUAGACUCUCAUCUUUGACAUUUUUCUAAUUGGAAAACAAACACUUUAUCUUUCAAUCUAGUGUUCUCCAAUUCACAAAUUGAAAUCAUUUUAAAAUAAAAUUUAAAAAAUUGUAAUGUGCCUCAGACUUUCCAUGGUGAUUAGUGGCAAACAGUGAAUAUUAUGUCUUGUGUUCAUUGCCAUUUGCAAGCCUUCAUUGGAGAAGUGUCUAGUGCCAGACUUUGCCCAUUCUUCAGUUGAGUAGUUAUGAUAGAUUUAAGGAGCUCUUUGUUGAGAGAUUAAUCCAUUAAAACAUAGAUCAUAGUUAAUAUUCCUCACCCAUUCUUGAGUUGCCUCUUCCCUCUGGAUAGAGUCUCUCAAUGCACAAACAUUUUUAAUUUUACAAAGAAGAUUUUAUCUAUUUAUUCACUUGUAUCGUGAGCUGUCAGUAUCGCCUUCAAGAAUGUGAUCUCCAUUCUGAGUCCAAGUGAGGCAAAACAGAUUAGAAACGUUAGCCUGGGGUUCGCCUGUUACAUGCAGUUAAAGUCUUCUGUGCUCCCUGCAGACCAAGCGUGUGCCGGCUUGGAGAGAGGCAGGGGAGGGAAGCAAAGAUAGCCUGCAAUCUCCUGCUGUUAUGGUUGUGCCAUCGUUUCAGUUGGCUAUCUACGCAGCUGCUGUGGUAUGCCAGUUGGUUUUCGAAGUUCCCAUAGUAUCAUUUCCUCAUGUUAAGAGUCUGUUCAUGGAGAGACCAGGGCUUAGAACCAAGGACUCUGUCAUUUUGCUUGUUUGUCAUGAUUUUAGUACUCUCUAUGAGUUGCUUACUUGGGAUUUUAAAAACUCAGCAGUCUCGUGUGCACUGUGGGUCUAAGAAUAUACCUUGCAGAUGCUUUUCCACUUCAGUGGACUCACACACUUAAGGUAUCCUUUGUAUGGCUCAGCCUCUCGUAGGACUCCAGGGCAGUUAACAGUCAUUUUGGCUUUGUUCUUACAUUGUUACUCUGCAGAUCACAGCAGUGAGUGUUUCAGCAAAGCGUCCUUAGAAACUCUGAAGAAUGAUGGGGAGUCCCCUGUAGCCCGCAGAUGUAAGGUUAUGUGCUGACAAUGUAGAAGUCUCCCCAGUCUCAGGUUGUUGGGUGCUUGGGUAAGCUGAGACAGAGGAGCUGUAAUUUCAUUUGUGUCGGGAGAUUCUCUUAGGUGGACAAGUGGCUAUGGCCAGUGGACAGAACAUGAUGGCCCCCAUUUGUCUGGUGGAAAACCACAAUGAGCAACUGUCGGUGAACCGGGAAGCAGUAGAGAUCCUAGACACAAUUUCUCAGCCAGCGGUAGUCGUGGCCAUCGUCGGAUUGUACCGUACAGGGAAGUCCUACUUGAUGAAUCGCCUGGCUGGCCGGAAUCAUGGCUUCCCUCUGGGCUCCACUGUGCAGUCAGAGACCAAGGGCAUCUGGAUGUGGUGUGUGCCACAUCCCACCAAGCCAAAGCACACCCUGGUCCUCCUGGACACUGAGGGCCUGGGGGAUGUGGAAAAGGGUGACCCUAAGAAUGACUCCUGGAUCUUCGCUCUGGCUGUGCUUCUGAGCAGCACCUUCGUCUACAACAGCAUGAACACCAUCAACCACCAGGCCCUGGAGCAGCUGCAUUAUGUCACAGAACUCACCGAGCUGAUCAGGGCAAAGUCUUCCCCAAAUCCUGAUGGAAUAAAGAAUUCCACUGAGUUUGUGAGUUUCUUUCCAGACUUCAUCUGGACUGUUCGGGAUUUCAUGCUGGAGAUGAAGUUAAAUGGAGAAGUCAUCACAGAGGACCAGUACCUGGAGAAUGCACUGAAGCUGAUCCCAGGCAACAAUCCCAGAGUCCAAGCAUCCAAUUUGCCCAGGGAGUGCAUCCGACAUUUCUUUCCUAAACGGAAAUGUUUUGUCUUUGACCGGCCAACGAAUGACAAAGAACUCUUACAAAAAAUUGAGACUAUCUCAGAAGACCAACUGGAGCCUAAGUUCCAGGAACAAACAAGGGCUUUUGUUUCUUAUGUCUUCACCUAUGCAAAGAUCAAGACCCUCAGAGAGGGAAUUGAGGUCACUGGGAACCGACUGGGGACUCUGGUGACGACCUACGUGGAUGCCAUCAACAGUGGAGCUGUGCCUUGUCUGGAUGACGCGGUGACAACUCUGGCCCAGCGUGAGAACUCAGCAGCUGUGCAGAAGGCAGCUGACCACUACAGUGAGCAGAUGGCCCAGCGACUGAGGCUCCCCACAGACACACUCCAGGAGCUGCUGGGUGUGCACACAGCCUGUGAGAAGGAAGCUAUUGCUGUCUUCAUGGAGCAUUCCUUCAAGGACGAAAACCAGCAAUUCCAGAAGAAGCUGAUGGAAUUAAUAGUGCUCAAGAGGGCAGAUUUCCUGUUGAGGAAUGAAGAGGCAUCAGAGAAAUUCUGCCAGGAAGAACUGAAUCAUCUCACGAAAGCACUCACAGAAAGUAUUUCAGCUGGGACAUUCUCCGUUGCUGGAGGACACAGGCUCUACAUGGACACCAGGGAGAAGAUUGAGAAGGACUAUUGGCAGGUGUCCAGGAAAGGGGUGAAGGCAAGUGAAGUCUUCCAGAGCUUUCUGCAGUCACAGGCCACCAUCGAGAGUUCCAUCCUGCAGGCAGAUACAGCUCUCACUGCUGGGGAGAAGGCCAUUGCAGAGGAGCGGGCCCAGAAGGAGGCGGCUGAGAAGGAACAGGAGCUGCUAAGACAGAAGCAGAAGGAGCAGCAGCAACUGAUGGAGGCUCAGGAGAGAAGUCACAAGGAAAACCUAGAGCAACUGAGAACGAAGCUGGUGCAGGAGAGAGAGCAGCUCAUCAAAGACCACAAGACGAUGCUGGAGAAGCAGCUGCAGGCCCAAAAGGCACUGCUUGCUGAAGGAUAUAAGAAGAAAUCUGAGGAAAUGAAUGCAGAAAUAAAUAAUUUGAAAAAUAAGCUCGAGAGUAUAAAAAAAGAGAGCACUUCGUUUUUGGAGCAAACCCUCAAUGCCUUUGCUACAGUUCUCUGUGCUCCUAUUGUAUUGGCUGUGGAGGUUGUAAAAGGGAUUGCUGCACUAUUUUGAGAUUCACUCCUCUGUGAAAAUGAGACUGUGAAGAUAUGUUUUGUCCUGUUCUUAAGAUGCACAUUCAUUUUCAUUCAACAAAGUUUUAAACAUGAAAGUGCUUACUCAGUCUAAAACAUCAGUGCCUGACUCAUGUUUACCUAGACAAAUUCAUGUAUGUUUUGAUAGAUGAUGUUUGCAACAUCAUAUGGAAGAGAUCCUCUGAGUUGUCACUUGUUAUGGUGACAAAUUUAAAAUUACUUGAAUGUCAUCGAUUAAUAUUGGCAACAUAAUCUUUAAUAUGUGCCAACUACUUAGUCAGGAAACACCAUCUCGGUGGGGCUUCUUGUGUUCUAAUAUUAAGUUGAGCUCAAAGACACUUUAUCAAAUGAAAUAUUUCAAAACACCAUGCAACUAUUCCAUGCAAACACACAGAUGCAUUAAUGCAAUGGUUUCUGAAAGAUUCAUGAGAACCUGGACUUGGGCUUCAUCUAUAGAGACCAUGAGACCAUAGGAGUUGCUGUGACAAAUGUAUCCAUUAAAUCCUCAAUGCAACCAUUAAAAUUUUAUAAACAAUGCUUGAAAUAAAUGCUAUUGUAGCUUGA